AUCAGUUAUUUAAUUUAACCGUAAAGAUGAGCUUGAUGCGACUAAGAGUGUUGCGUAAUCUCAACCGGAACGUCCUGAGUGGAUUGUGGAAGGAUUCACCUCGAUCGUUCGCUGUGAAUGCCAACUCUUCAGCUGUCAACUUUCCGGCCGCCAUUAGAACGCUGAAAACAUUCAACAGCGGACUGCAACUACGCAUCCUAACCAAAGAACCGCUCUCUGCAUUUACCCAAUCUCAACGGCGGUAUUCUUGCGAAAACAUUGGUAAAACCAUGGAGGAGAACUGCGUGGUCCCGGACGUGAUUGCCAAGGCCCCGGCGCAGACGGCCGUGGUGGAAUACCCGUGCGACAUUGUGGUGAAGCCAGGUCAGGUGCUGACCCCCACCCAGGUGAAGGACCAGCCGUGUGUGAAAUGGGAGGCAGACGCCGGCAAACUAUACACCCUCUGCAUGACCGAUCCGGAUGCGCCGAGUCGCCAGGACCCGAAAUUCCGCGAGUGGCACCACUGGCUGGUCGGCAACAUACCCGGCGGUGAUGUCGCCAAGGGCGAAGUGCUUUCCGCCUACGUGGGAUCGGGUCCGCCGCCGGACACCGGUCUCCAUCGCUACGUGUUCCUGAUCUACGAACAGAAGUGCAAGUUGACCUUCGACGAGAAGCGGCUGCCCAACAACAGCGGCGACGGACGUGGUGGCUUCAAGAUCGCCGACUUCGCCAAGAAGUACGACCUGGGCGAUCCCAUUGCCGGCAAUCUCUACCAGGCGGAGUACGACGACUAUGUGCCGAUCCUCUACAAGCAGCUGGGUGCCUAACUCCUGCGCCAUAUAAGCAGAGAACUGUGGUUAUAUAAGGGCAGUCAAAAUUGGAUUUAUAAUUUGCAUAUUUAAUGUAACCUUAAGCCUGAGAAAAAGACACUUUGUAAAACAUUGUUGCUGGCAAUAAAAUUGUUAAAGACACCGACUGCAAAAGUGCCAUAAUAUUUUAAA